AUGUUCGAGAUUGAAUUAAAUUCAAACAUAAAGUCUCAUCUACUGAAGCUAGAAAAGGAUGAGUCCUGCUCCAAUCGGCACCAAGAAAUUCAGUCUUUUUUGAAGAAAGAAAGUAUACCGAUGGAUGCACUGCUGGAUUACUACAACAACUUUUGGAAAACUGAUAUCUCACUCAAACAGUUAAUGAUGCCUUUGAAUUUUCAUUUCGCUCCCAGAUACACACCAGGAUUAAAAUAUACUCCUGAAUUUAAGGAACAUCUGGAAAAGCUAAGAGUUCAACAACAGGAAAUAGAUUACCAAAAUUUAAUUAGGAAGAAAGAUUUAAACAGCCAGUUGACAGCUACAAACAAUGCUGAAGAAGAAAUUACAUUUGCCACUUUAAAUAAAGCGAUAAGGGAACAAGUGACAACUGUGUUCAAUGUCCUUGUCAGUGUUGCGUCCGUGGUAGUGGCAGUCUGGUACUGGACAGGAUCUUCAACAGAAUUUGCGCUUCAUUAUAGAGUUAUUGCAUGCUUGUUCUUUGGGGUUCUGGUAUUGAUCGCCGAUGUAGUCGUUUAUAAUAGCUACUUGAACAAAGUUAAGGACGCAAAGACAAGAGAGAGGAACAAAAAGGAAACAAAAAGGAUUGUGAAAAAAAUCAUCAUCUAG